AUGGCCUGGGUGGACAGAGGCGCCCACCCCCACUGGGUGGACAGAGGCGCCCACCCCCACUGGGUGGACAGAGGCGCCCACCCCCACUGGGUGGACAGAGGCGCCCACCCCCACUGGGUGGACAGAGGCGCCCACCCCCACUGGGUGGACAGAGGCGCCCACCCCCACUGGGUGGACAGAGGCGCCCACCCCCACUGGGUGGACAGAGGCGCCCACCCCCACUGGGUGGACAGGGCGCCCACCCACCCUGGGUGGACAGAGGCGCCCACCCCCACUGGGUGGACAGAGAGGCCCACCCCCACUGGGUGGACAGAGAGGCCCACCCCCACUGGGUGGACAGAGAGGCCCACCCCCACUGGGUGGACAGAGAGGCCCACCCCCACUGGGUGGACAGAGAGGCCCACCCCCACUGGGUGGACAGAGAGGCCCACCCCCACUGGGUGGACAGAGAGGCCCACCCCCACUGGGUGGACAGAGGCGCCCACCCCCACUGGGUGGACAGAGAGGCCCACCCCCACUGGGUGGACAGAGGCGCCCACCCCCACUGGGUGGACAGAGGCGCCCACCCCCACUGGGUGGACAGAGGCGCCCACCCCCACUGGGUGGACAGAGGCGCCCACCCCCACUGGGUGGACAGAGGCGCCCACCCCCACUGGGUGGACAGAGGCACCCACCCCCACUGGGUGGACAGGGCGCCCACCCACCCUGGGUGGACAGAGGCGCCCACCCCCACUGGGUGGACAGGGCGCCCACCCACCCUGGGUGGACAGAGGCGCCCACCCCCACUGGGUGGACAGAGAGGCCCACCCCCACUGGGUGGACAGAGAGGCCCACCCCCACUGGGUGGACAGAGAGGCCCACCCCCACUGGGUGGACAGAGAGGCCCACCCCCACUGGGUGGACAGAGAGGCCCACCCCCACUGGGUGGACAGAGGCGCCCACCCCCACUGGGUGGACAGAGAGGCCCACCCCCACUGGGUGGACAGAGGCGCCCACCCCCACUGGGUGGACAGAGGCGCCCACCCCCACUGGGUGGACAGAGGCGCCCACCCCCACUGGGUGGACAGAGGCGCCCACCCCCACUGGGUGGACAGAGGCGCCCACCCCCACUGGGUGGACAGAGGCGCCCACCCCCACUGGGUGGACAGAGGCGCCCACCCCCACUGGGUGGACAGAGGCGCCCACCCCCACUGGGUGGACAGGGCGCCCACCCACCCUGGGUGGACAGAGGCGCCCACCCCCACUGGGUGGACAGGGCGCCCACCCACCCUGGGUGGACAGAGGCACCCACCCCCACUGGGUGGACAGAGAGGCCCACCCCCACUGGGUGGACAGAGAGGCCCACCCCCACUGGGUGGACAGAGAGGCCCACCCCCACUGGGUGGACAGAGAGGCCCACCCCCACUGGGUGGACAGAGAGGCCCACCCCCACUGGGUGGACAGAGAGGCCCACCCCCACUGGGUGGACAGAGAGGCCCACCCCCACUGGGUGGACAGAGAGGCCCACCCCCACUGGGUGGACAGAGAGGCCCACCCCCACUGGGUGGACAGAGAGGCCCACCCCCACUGGGUGGACAGAGAGGCCCACCCCCACUGGGUGGACAGAGAGGCCCACCCACCUAA